UUGAUCUUCAACACACUGUGUCCAUUGUCUCUUCAGUUCAAACGAAACCCUCUUCCUUCUUCACCGAUCAAAACUUAGGUUUAAAGGUUGAAAUCAAGUGUUGAAAAUUGCAUUUUUGUUGGGCGUUUUGACAUUUCUAUCAACUGCUUCUUGAAGUGACAUUAGUUUGUGUUUGCAUGGUGGUUUAAGAGUGAUGAUCCAGAAGAUUAUGAAGACUGGAAAUUUUCAGGUGGUUGUUCGAGAAUAUCAAAUAACCCGUGCAAAGAAGACACAUUUGUGGAUCUGAGCUCAAUGAAAUUCUCGAAUCCAGAAUGGUCAGAUACAAAUAUUAAAACCAAUGAGAACUGCCGCAGACAUUGUCUUGGCAACUGUUCGUGCCAAGCAUACACAUAUUAUGAUAAUCAAAGAUGCUGGUUUUGGGGGUUGAAGGUCAAUAAUCUCCAGGAGAACUACACUGGUGGCUUCAACCUCUUUAUCCGCAUUCCCCUUAUUGUUGGAACACAAGGACCAUUGAACACAACGAUGACAUCCUCAAGGAAUCAGAGACCCCUUGUUAUUUCCAUCUCUCUAAUUCUUGGAGUUAUAAUUCUGUGCGGCAUUGGUUAUAUAAUUUAUCUGAACAAAAGAGUGGAAAGAAGUGAAGGUAACAAUGCAUAAAUUUCAUCUGCUUUUUCUCAAGUUCAACUUUUGAAUAUCGUGAUCACUUUAUUGUUUUGAUUAUAGAAGCCAGAGAAAUUGUUUUGGGAAUGCCUAUGGAGUACUUGCCUCAUAGAGAUAGUUCUGAUGAAGAUUUAAUCACUGAAGGUGAUAAGAAACGGAUUGAUGUCCCGUUUUUCAGCCUGAAUAGAAUACUAGUUGCUAUAGAAAAUUUCUCAAAUGCAAGUAAGCUAGGGAGAGUUGGAUUUGGACCUGUUUAUAAGGUUUUGCAACUCUCUUUUUUUCCUUCUUCUGUUCUAAGUUGUUUUACCAUUCGGAUUCUUUUUCUUUCUUUUUCGUUAUGCAACAGUUCUGAGAAAUAUUAAUGUAGGGUAAGUUCCUAGGAGUUAUAGAUAUGGCAGGUAAAAGAUUGUCAAAUAACUCUGGGCAAGGUGUUGAAGAAUUUAAAACUGAAGUAAUGUUAAUUGCCAAACUGCAGCACAGAAAUUUAGUUAGGCUUCUAGGCUAUUGUGUUGAGAGAAAUGAAAAUUUUUUGUUGUAUGAAUAUAUGCCCAACAAAAGCUUGGAUACAUUUCUAUUUGAUCAUGCAUUCUGUAGAAUAUUGAACUGGAGGAUUCGUUUUGAAAUUAUAUUGGGUAUUGCUCGAGGGCUACUUUAUCUUCACCAAGACUCAAGGCUAAGAAUCAUUCAUAGAGAUUUAAAGACAAGCAACAUAUUGCUAGACGAAGAAAUGAAUGCCAAAAUAUUAGAUUUUGGCUUGGCCAGGAUCGUUGAAGGCAAAAAUACAGAAAUCAAUACUAACAAAGUCGUUGGAACAUAUGGUUAUAUGUCCCCGGAGUAUGCAUUGGAGGGACUCUUUUCAAUUAAGUCUGAUGUAUUUGCCUUCGGAGUGGUCUUACUCGAGAUCAUAAGUGGGAGGAUAAACAUGGAAUUUUUUGAAGAUGUAAUCUCAUUGGCUACGUAUGGAGACUCUGGAUGAAAGACAGGGCAUUAGACGUGAUGGAUCAAACCAUUGUUGAGUCGUGCGAUGAAAAAGAAGUGAUAAAGUGUGUGAAUGUGGCGCUCCUAUGCGUUAAAGAAGAUCCAGCUGAGCGUCCUGUAAUGUCAAAUGUAGUUUACAUGCUUGGAGGUGAAAGCAUGACACUUCCAAGUAUUCCUUUUAAGAUGUAACCUCCCAGUUGCGGCAAAUGGCAAACAAAAAGAAGAAGUAACAGCAGCUUGAAGUUUUGAAUACUUUUUGCGGAUUGCUUAACAGCUUAACAUAAAGUGUAACGUAAUCACUUUUGAGGAUUGUAACCUUGUUAAACCAGUCCACUGAUCGUGGUAUUUAGCAUAAUGCUAACUUGUAGUUUAUUGUGGAUUAUGUUUUUGAGUUACAUUGUGAUAUUGUUAAAUGUUUUUGGUAUUAAAUUGUCAGCCCAAAUAAUGCAAUU